AUGGCCGAGUGGUCUAAGGCGCCAGACUCAAGUUCUGGUCUUCGAGAGAGGGCGUGGGUUCAAAUCCCACUUCUGACAUUCAUUUUUCAUUCUCAUCUAUAUUGGGGCUGCAAUUCCCUAUCCACAAGAAUGAUACUAGAUGAUGCCUCUAACGCCUUUAACAAUCAGCAUGCUGGUCAUCGAUUGGGAGUCUACUAUGCUGCUCCUCCGUCUUCAGCUGAAGAUCUUUGCCGCUGA